AUGGCCACUAAGGGUUUCAACGCUGGCGAUGCCUUCCCCCAGGAUGUGACCUUCUCUUACAUCCCCUGGUCUGAGGAGGCCGGCGAGAUCACCUCUUGCGGUAUCCCCAUCAACUACUACGCCUCCAAGGAGUGGGCUGACAAGAAGGUCAUCCUCUUCGCUCUUCCCGGUGCUUUCACUCCCGUCUGCUCUGCCAACCACGUUCCCCAGUACCUCCAGAAGCUCCCCGAGCUCCGCGCCAAGGGUGUCGACCAGGUCGCCGUCCUCGCCUACAACGAUGCCUACGUCAUGAGCGCCUGGGGCAAGGCCAACGGUGUCACCGGAGAUGAUAUUCUCUUCCUCUCCGACCCCGAGGCCAAGUUCUCCAAGAGCAUCGGCUGGGCUGACGAGGAGGGCCGCACCUACCGCUACGUGAUCAUCAUUGACCACGGUAAGGUCACCUACGCCGCCAAGGAGGUCGCCAAGAACAGCCUCGACCUCUCCAGCGCCGAGUCUGUCCUCAAGCAGCUGUAA